UUGCUGUCUGGACAGAUUACUUGCUGGUGGUGGCGACAGACGUCAAUCAGUCCAGGCUGAUGACCAACCGGGGAUUCCACGGACGUGCAAGUGGUUCCAUCGUCGCCUUACUGUGCAUUCUCCAGGACGCGUCGAUCACUAGCCUGCAACUGGGAAGGGGAAAAAGGAAAAAGACUAGACCGCCGGCUAUUUAGGCAGUCACUUGCUUGGAGAUGAGAUGCUAUCGUACUAAAUUGUCCACAACCAGGAUAAUUGAUUGGACUCGGCGGAAAGGAGGGUUACAGGUGGUUGGUGGGAUCGUGUUUGCGAUACUUUCGUCUCAUGUCGUCCGUGCUCAAGAGGGGAGAGAUUUGCCCACGGGGCCACAAGGCGCGCCGCGAACACGAUCGGGUCGUUUGGAUGGUGGGAAGAGGCAUCUUGGAACGACUCGGACAGGAGUUGAAUUCCGCCGUUACAAGAUUGCGCGCAUCCCUCGUGCUAAGAGCCUCGCGUAUCGAUCACGCCUACUGGGCUGUAGCGUGGUUUCACCCCCUUGGCGGCCGUUAGACGGCUCCUGCCUAGUCUUCCAGUCUAGCCAGGUUUGUGAAGUCGAGAAAUUUUCGGCUGUCAGCUUGCGCGCUCGACCGAUCUCUUUUCGACGACGGGGGUAUGUCGGGUGCGAGAAUUUCUGUGUGCCUGGGCUAAUGCAGUUGGAUGGCGCAGUUGAGUCCAGACACUGUUCGCUUAAACACCAGGACAGAGGAUCAUAUCUAUCACCUGGCCGGACGGUUCCAACCUCCCGCAUGGCGCGCACAUCGUACUAUGGUCACUUGCGCUGAAAACCUCCCUCCAUAUUACCCCAAUAGUCGACGUAUCAUGACCGUGAUAAUUAAACACAAGGAAGGAGCUGUACUUUGUAGGGUCAAGGAUUGACAUGCAGCCGACAUACACGCCGUGGCCAUCGUGGUCAUGAUUUACCACACAGCCGUAGUCGGGAUGG